CGCAAAGGAAGCCUCCGCACAGCGAAUCAAACAAGGCUCGCUCAACCACCAGUCGAGUUCCAAGUUCCAACCAUGUGCAAGGCGGUGAUCACGCUCUCGUCGCUCGUCUGGCUGCGCCACACGCUGCGGCGGUGGCGGUCCCGCGCCGCGGUUCCGGCGGGGCACGUCGCGGUGUCCGUGCGAGGCGGCGGCGACGGCGACGGGGCGGCGUUGGGGCCGAGGCGGUUCGUGGUGCGGGUGGCGCGCCUCGGCCACCCGGCGUUCCGGGACCUGCUGCGGCAGGCUGAGGAGGAGUACGGCUUCCCGGCGGGUCCCGGACCGAUCACGCUCCCCUGCGACGAGGGCCACUUCCUCGACGUCCUCAGCCGCGUGUCCUCGUCGGUCGCCUCCUGCGGCCUCCGUCGGUGCGCGCGCGGCGAGUCCCGGCCGCUGCUGCAGGGGAGAAUGGCCGUGGAUCACAACCUCGUCUGGUGAUCAGAAGCUGCGGCCAGUGCGAGGGGUAAAGAGAAGGCAAAAGCGUCUCGGCCCGGCUGGCGCAGCCGAGAAGACCGUGCACACGGGCACAGGCGGCAGACGCCGGGGCACAUCCGGGCGCCGUGCCGCCGUCGUCCCGUGAGCCAAAGGAAGCAGCGCAACGGCGACGGCUGGGGCAUGGACGACGUUGUUAACAGCUUUCCUCUCAAAGUCUUAAUGAGCAACUAGAAAAGCCUAGAAUUUUAUUUGUAGAAACUUUGGUUCCUGGUAAUUGUGUAAAUAUGCGUCUGUUCUCUGUAGUCUGUACAUUAAAGCCUAGAAUUAGCUCUAUCGACUGUACAAGCCACUGCCGCUUUAUUUUUCCCAGAAAAAAGGAGAGCAAGAGUUCUCUUCCCUGCA